GCAGAUGGAGCGGUUAGCCAAUGUGAACCUGGUUCGGUGUAGCCGGCUCCGGGAGGCCGGGCUUCAGUCCCUGUCGGCUACUGCCUCCGUGUGAAUGCCGGAGAGACGGCCGGUUUUUACCGUCAGGAUGUUGUGUAAAGGGCUGCCGGCCGGGCCCGCCUUGCUGCUGGUAUCUGCUGUGGUGAAGAUCAGCUGGAGUAGGACAGCUCCUGUGUUAAGUGAUGAUGUCCCGUUCAGGAUAACAUGGCCCGGGGCCGAGUUCACGCUGCCAACCACCGGAGGCCUGUAUAAACCUGAUGACUACAUAAUUAUCACUACAGUGCAUAAUGAAAGGUACAAAUGUAUGUUGCCUUCAGUUGGGAGUGAAGACCAGGAUGAAGAGCACGAUUACAAAGGACAUGGGCCUGGUGAGCUAUUGGAACCACUCUUCAAACAGAGCAGUUGCUCUUACAGGAUCGAAUCUUACUGGACAUACGAAGUGUGUCAUGGAAAACAUAUUCGCCAAUACCAUGAGGAAAAGGAAACUGGUCAGCAGAAAGUUAAUAUUCAAGAAUAUUAUCUUGGUACCAUGAGAACACCAGCUGAUUCUGAAACCAAAGAUUCUAUUCCCGAACACUCAGAAGAAUCUGGAAGUGAGAAAUUGAAAGUUCACACCAAAAACAUAGAAGGACAAAUCACUCCUUAUUAUCCAGUGGUAAUGGGAAAUGGUACACCUUGCACCUUAAAACAGAACAAGCCGAGAGUCACCACUGUGAUGUAUGUCUGCCACCCUGAAGCCAAACAUGAGAUCCUCUCAGUUGCUGAAGUCACCACCUGUGAAUAUGAACUAGUAAUCUUGACACCACUAUUGUGCAGCCAUCCUAAAUACAGAUUUAAAUCCUCCCCAGUUAAUGACAUAUUUUGUCAGUCAGUACAUGGCUCACCAUUAAGGCCUAAAAGUCUUGAACAGUUAGAAAAACAGCAAGAGGAUCUGCUGAAACCACCUUUCACUACCCAGAGAGCCCAAGAGGAACUUGACACAACAUCCACAAGUGAUGAAAAGUUUGUAUCCCACAAAUCGAUUAGUGUUGGAGGACAGCAGCCAGUUGUUGUAGGAACUACUCACAUCUCAAAACUGACUGAUGAACAGCUUAUUCAGGAAUUUCUAAGUGGCUCCUAUUGCUUCCAUGGGGGUGUGGGAUGGUGGAAAUAUGAAUUCUGCUAUGGUAAGCAUGUGCAGCAAUACCAUGAGGAUAAAGGAGCUGGAAAAAGCAUCAUUGUGGUUGGUACCUGGAAUAAAGAAGAACAUGUCACGUGGGCUGCAAAAAAUUCAGCACGGUCUUACCAAUGGAGAGAAGAUGGAACACAGAAAGUGAGGGUUGUUUCACAUUUUUAUGGAAAUGGUGAUCUUUGUGAUUUGACAGGAAAGCCACGACAAGUGGUUGUAAAAUUGAAAUGUAAGGAAUCAGAGUCUCCUCAUGCAGUUACAAUCUACAUGCUUGAGCCGCAAACCUGCCAAUAUAUUUUGGGGGUGGAAUCACCAAUAAUUUGUAAAAUUCUGGACACAGCUGAUGAAAAUGGAUUACUUUCAGUACCUAGCUAAAACAACAGCACAGACUAGAUUUCUGUCGGAAGAACAAGAUUUAAUGUGCUAAUUAUGAGGGAAUGAAUACAGAUAUAGUGUGGAAACUCCAUUAUCAGCAUUUUAUCUUGUAUCUAUUUCUUUUAAAAUGGACAUUUAAGAAAUAAGUAUUUGAUAUUUUCAUAAUAAGACAGUGGAGUGAGUUAUUUCACUGCAGUGAGUGCUUGUAAAUAUAUUGUAUAAAAAAUGUAGACUGCGUUGGGAUAUCUUUGAAUUUGUAUAAUGAUUUAAAUGCUACUUGAAACUUGUACAUCUGAUGUGCUAAUUGUAAUUUUACCAAGAUGUAAAUUUUAAAUUUAAACUAUUUUACAGAUCUUUAUUACAAGAGUCAUCUUUUUUGUUAAAUUCCUAAGUAUUCAAAUUUCAUAGGCUAUCAAAGAGCAUUGAUAGAUUGCACCUCAACCAUUGGAACUCCUGGAUUGUUUUUGAAUAUUGUGUUGUAUUUCUUAUUUUUAUUUUCCAUUGAGGUUUUGUAACAUUUUUGAAAAGUAUUAUGACUUCUGAAUCCAGAUGUCUUAAAUGUACCUUCUGCUUAAUUGGAAUAGGCAAAUGUUGUGGCUAAAUUGAAUAAAUUCUUUUCAGACUAGAAUUAUAUAACAAGGUUUCCUUAUGGCUGUGAAUGAAAAUCAAAUAGCUGGCAUGAGUAACAGGUGCAGUGCACUUCAUAACAUGUAUGUUCACCAUAGAAGAAUUAAAAAUAAUUAAUCUCUGUUUAGAACUAACUAACUGAUCCACACAGGCUAAGAAUAUCCAGGUUUAAAUCCCUAAACUGUCCUUGGAUAAUUGAUCUCAAUGGAUUAGAAAUGGUGGGGGAGCAGUGAGCGCAAUGUAGUUUAUCUAAAGUAGAGGACAAUUCAGAAUGCUUUGUCUUCCUAAUCACUUGUGUACACGGCUGAAAGAAACAUAGGUUAUAUCACAAUUGCAUAACUGUGAAUGUGACCCCUUUGCUUUAGUUGUUGUCAAAGUUCAAACAUAAGUAACUAAUGGCCAAUAAAUCCACUCUAAAACAGACUCAUUUCUUUUCAAUAAGGAGUGGGAGGAAAUGGAUUUUAAAAUAAAAAGGUGAAACCUCGUUUGAAUUCUCUCCAUUCGGCUCCAUCAAUCAUAAGACUAAUGUAGAAGUCCAAGUUGUCUUUUAAAAUGUAUUAAAAUCAUAUUAUGACUAAACAGUUAACAUUGGAAGCUACCAAUAAACUGUUUGCAU